AUGAUCACACUCUACAGGGAAAUGGAAAGAGGGAAGGAAUUUAUGAUGAGGCAAGAGCUUAUUGAUGUUGCUGAGGCCAGUGGUCUGUCAGAACAUGCAAUAGGCCCAAACAACAGUAGGAAUUCUCGGAAUGAAGGUUACAGUUACACUGGAUGGAAUAGCAUGAAGACGUUAACAAAUAAGGAUCUUGUUGAGAAAAAGAGUAAUCCUGCAAAGUAUUACCUAACAGAAAAGGGCAAAGAAACAGCUCGCGAUUGUCUCGCACGGUCUGGAUUGGAUGGUCCUGCAGGACCUUUAACGGCGGCCGGUCAUCCUGCAGUUGAGCUCAGUGAUUCAGAUUCUGAUGAAUAUGACGGUAGCAGUCCCCUGAUAGGUUCUGAAAGAAGUGGACUUCCAAACUCAAAAGCAGGCAGUUCCAGUUCCUUUGGCAACGGCCAUGCUAUUAAUUCUCCUCUUUCAUCUCGAGGAAUGUUUGGACAGCAAUCGUUUAGUGCUAUGGGUUCUGCUGAAAAGUGUUUACUAGCUGUGCCACCUCAUCAAUCUAAUGAAAGUUUUCUGAAAGCUUAUGAAGUGGUGCUGAUAUUGUAUGAUCGAGAUACUUUCGGGCCCCGUUCCAGAAGAAAAGUUAUUGAUAAUAUACGCUCGCAGUUUAAUAUUCCUGUAGAGAUUAAACACUUGCCUGUUGGAGAUGCUCUUUGGAUUGCUCGCCAUAAAGAACUUGACACGGAGUAUGUUCUUGAUUUCAUUGUUGAAAGGAAAAAUGUGGAUGAUUUACUUGGCUCAAUUAAAGACAACAGAUACAAAGAUCAAAAACUAAGACUGAAGAAAUGUGGGCUAAGGAAGCUAAUAUAUCUAGUUGAAGGGGAUGUAAACACUGUAGAUGGAUCAGAGAGCGUUAAAACAAUCUGCUUCACUAUUGAGGUUCUUGAAGGAUUUGAUGUCCAGAGAACCACUGGGUAUGCUGACACUGAAAAGAAAUACGGCCACCUCACGGGCUCUAUAAUUGAUUACUAUAGCAGAAACUUCUCUGUUGGUGUUGAUACCUCUCGACUUUGCCUGACCUACGACGAGUUUGUGAAGAGGUGUUCUGACCUUGAGAAGGUCACUAUGAGCGAUAUAUUCGCCCUUCAGCUUAUGCAGGUGCCACAAGUGACAGAUGAAGCUGCCCUUGCUGUCACGAGUCUCUACCCCACUCUUCUCUCGCUUGCUAAGGCAUACACCAUGCUUGAUGGCGAUAGGCGUGCCCAGGAGGAGAUGCUGAAGAACAAGAGCGACAUGGUCAACGCGGGGGCCAGCAAGAACAUCUUCAAGCUCAUCUGGGCGGAAGGAUGA